GCCACAGAGCAACGAACUCGGGUCAUCAGCAACGAACCAUGGCGCGGGUGCUGGCUCUCGGCGCCGCCGCGGCUUUCCUCCUCCUGGCAGUGGCAUCGACCAUGGCGGCCGCGCAGAACUGCGGGUGCGCCGCGACCGAGUGCUGCAGCCGCUGGGGGUUCUGCGGCACCACCGGCGAGUACUGCGGCACGGGCUGCCGCUCGGGCCCCUGCACCGUGCCCGUCACCAACAACGUGUCCGUGCCCGCCAUCGUCACGCCGGCCUUCUUCGGCGCGCUCGUCGCCCAGGCCGCCGACGACUGCGCCGCCAAGGGCUUCUACACCCGCGACGCCUUCCUCACGGCGCUCGGCGGCUACCCCGCUUUCGGCCGCACCGGCUCCGACGACGACUCCAAGCGCGAGAUCGCCGCCUUCUUCGCCCACGUCAACCACGAGACCAUAAAGUUCUGCUACAUCGACGAGAUCAACGGGCCGAGCAAGAACUACUGCGACCCGACGAACGCGGAGUGGACGUGCGCCGCCGGGAAAGGCUACUACGGCCGCGGGCCGCUGCAGAUCUCGUGGAACUACAACUACGGGGCGGCGGGGCAGAGCCUCGGCUUCGACGGGCUCAACGACCCGGACGCGGUGGCGCGGAGCCCCGUCCUGGCGUUCCAAGCGGCGCUCUGGUACUGGAUGAACAGCGUGCACGACAUCAUCGUCUCCGGCCAGGGGUUCGGCGCCACCAUCAGGGCCAUCAACGGCGCGCUCGAGUGCAACGGCAAGAACCCCAGCGCCGUCAACGACCGCGUCGCCUUCUACAAGCAGUUCUGCCAGCAGUUCGGCGUCGACCCGGGGACCAGCCUCACCUGCUAAUUAAGCUCACUGUUUAGGACAUCGCGUGGACUUGGUUGUGGCAUAUGUGCGUGCAUCUGAUUCGGACAGACAUAUUCAGGAUAAGAUUGCUUUCGGAUUUGACACUAUACUUGUUAAUUUGAUAAUUUUUGGA